AUCUUCAACUUAGAAAGAAGAUGAGAGGUCAGACAAGUAACUCAACAUUGUCAUCUCCAACAAAGAGAAAGGGACCAAGUUUCUUCAAAUUGAUGGUAGCCCUUAACUCUACCCAAUACCACAUGCUAAAAAUACCUGACAAGUAUGUCAAGUCAUAUUAUAAAGAGCAGCUUGCAAAAGAUUACGUAAAACUGAGAGUAAAAAAUAUUGAUGAUGGUCGAAAUUGGAAAAUAGAGUUGCUUAAAGAAAGUGGAAGAAUCUGGUUAAGCAAAGGUUGGGAGGAGUUUGUAAAGACUUAUUCUCUGAAAUAUGGAUAUUUCCUCUUGUUUAAGUAUAAUGAGAGUGAUUCUGAGUUUCAUGUAAGAAUUUUUGACACAACUUGUUGUGAAGUUGAGUAUGAUGAUUUCGCAUUUGAUCAUAAUCAUACCAACAAGCGUGAAGAAGUGAAGGAAUUAUCUUCACAAGAUGAAUACAUGAGUGAUGAUGAUGAUGUUAUUUCUUCAGGUAUAUCUUAUGUCUUUCAAUUUCUUUAUACUACUAGUACCUUCUUGCUAUUCAUAGUACUUCACUACUUUGGUACCAUGAUUUAUCUAGUUAAUCUAUGUAAGGUUUAG